AUGGAGCUGCUCCGAUCGUCUCUUUCGCGGGUUCGGAUACCCGAACCGACAAAUCGCAUCUACAAGCAAGAAUGCUGUGUUUCUUUCGAGACGCCGAAAUCAGAGGGUGGACUGUUUGUGGAUAUGAAUUCUUUUCUUGCAUUUGGUAAGGAUUAUGUAGGUUGGAACUAUGAGAAGACUGGAAACCCAGUUUAUCUGCAUAUUAAGGAGACAAUAAAGCCAGUUUCCGAGGACAGGCCUUCCAAAAAACCAACUCUCCUGGCUAUAGGUAUCGAAGGAGGAUUUGACAACAAUGAACCUGAAUAUGAAGUUAGCUAUGAAAUAGUUAUUUUGCCGAACUACGUCACUCUCCCCUUUCCAUCUGUAGAGUUGCCAGAGAAGGUCAGAUUGGCUGUUGAUGCUGUUAUAAUGGCUGCUGGGGCCGAGAGAAAAGAGCAAGUUUCUGCUUGGACUGCCGAUAAGAAGCUUGUUAGUAAACAUGCAAUGGAUUUGAAACAGCUUGAUAACGGGGUGAUUGUUCCUCCAUCUGGUUGGAAGUGUGAGAAAUGUGAUAAGACUGCUAAUCUUUGGCUGAAUUUGACUGAUGGAUCAAUACUCUGUGGUAGAAGUAAUUGGGAUGGAAGUGGAGGCAACGACCAUGCCGUUAACCAUUACAACGUGACUGGUUACCCUCUGGCUGUAAAGCUUGGAACUAUAACGGCUGAUUUAGAGGCAGCAGAUGUUUACUCUUAUGACGAGGAUGAAAGUGUUGAGGAUCCACUUCUCGCACAGCAUCUACUCCAUUUUGGCAUUGAUUUUUCAUCCCUACAAAAGACUGAGAUGACGACUGCUGAGAGAGAACUCGAUCAAAACACCAACUUCGACUGGAACCGUAUUCAAGAAAGCGGACAGGAGGUAGAACCGCUAUUUGGACCAGGUUAUACGGGACUUGUGAAUCUUGGCAACAGUUGUUAUUUGGCAGCAACUAUGCAAGUUGUCUUUUCGACUCGUGGCUUCUGUACACGAUACUACUUGGAUCAAAAUUUGAAAAUGGCUUUUGAUAAUGCACCGGCUGAUCCAACCGUAGACCUAAAUAUGCAGCUAGCAAAGCUUGCUCAUGGCUUGCUUUCUGGUAAAUAUUCUCUUCCAGCUACCAAGAAAGAUGAUGCUGGAGAUACGACAAACUCUACAUUAACUGCUAAACAAGAGGGCAUUCCUCCACGUAUGUUCAAGUCAGUAAUUGCUGCAAGCCACCCUGAGUUUUCAACGAUGAGACAACAGGAUGCUUUAGAGUUCUUCCUGCACUUCAUCGACCAAGUUGAGAGGAUCAAUGCUGGGAAUCCUAAUUUUGAUCCUUCAAGGAGUUUCAAGUUUGGCAUUGAAGAGCGAUUGCAAUGCCCCUCUGGCAGAGUUGCCUAUAACAAGAGACACGAUUAUAUUCUUUCGCUGAGUAUUCCGCUACACAAAGCUACCAACAAAAAGGAAUUAGAAGACUUCCAAAAAUUACGGGCCGAGAAGGACGCAGAAGGGAAGGAAUUGUCUGCUGAUGAAAUUGUACGGCCAAGGGUGCUCUUGAAGGAUUGCCUGGAUUGCUUCUCUGCUCCUGAGGAGGUGCAUGAUUUUUACAGCACUGCGCUGGAUGCCAGGACAACAGCUAUAAAAACUGCGGGUUUGACUUCCUUUCCUGAUUAUCUAGUGUUGCACAUGCGAAAAUUUAUCAUGGAGGAAGGCUGGGUUCCAAAAAAACUCGAUGUGUACAUUGACGUUCCUGAUACAAUAGACAUAAUUAAUAUGCGCAGUAGGGGUCUUCAACCUGGGGAGGAAUUGUUGCCAGAAGGAGGGGAUAGCGGAGUUAAACUUGUCGCCAGUGAGGAUAUUGUUACCCAACUUGUGUCGAUGGGAUUCAAUUAUCUUCACUGCCAAAAGGCAGCUAUCAAUACCUCCAAUGCUGGAGUUGAGGCAGCAAUGAAUUGGUUACUUAGCCACAUGAAUGAUCCCGACAUUGAUGAUCCCAUCACAAACGAAGCUAAGAGUGCUCCCCAGUAUUCAGAUAUUGACCCAUCAAAAGUUGAUACUUUGGUGUCAUUUGGUUUUGAGGAAGAACUUGCUCGAAAGGCACUCCUGGCUUCGGACGGUGAUAUUGAAAAGGCCACUGAAUGGAUAUUUAAUCCGCCUUCUGGUACAUCACAUAUGGACACUAGUCCGAGUAGUAGUACUGCUGCUGUUGAUGCAGUUCUGCCUGAUGGAGAUGGGAGAUACCGGCUUAUUGGAUUAGUGAGCCACAUUGGUACAUCUACUCACUGUGGUCAUUAUGUGGCUCAUAUCCGCAAAGAUGGAAGGUGGGUGAUUUUCAAUGAUGACAAGGUUGGGGCUUCAAAGAACCCACCAAUUGACAUGGGAUACUUGUACUUUUUCGAGAGAAUUGAUAGUUGA